GCUAGAUUGAUGGAUGGAGGGAAUCACUCGGUGGUGUCUGAGUUUGUGUUUCUGGGACUCACUUAUUCAUGGGAGUUCCAGCUGCUCCUCCUGGUGUUCUCCUCUGUGCUCUAUGUGGCAAGCAUGGCUGGGAACAUCCUCAUUGUGUUUUCUGUGACUACUGAUCCUCACUUACAUUCCCCCAUGUAUUUCCUACUGGCCAGCCUCUCCUUCAUUGACUUGGGAGCCUGCUCUGUCACUUCUCCCAAGAUGAUCUAUGACCUUUUCAGAAAAUGUAAAGUCAUUUCUUUUGGAGGCUGCAUUGCUCAGAUCUUCUUCAUCCAUGUCAUUGGUGGGGUGGAGAUGGUGCUGCUCAUAGCCAUGGCCUUUGACAGAUAUGUUGCCAUAUGUAAGCCUCUCCACUAUCUGAGCAUCAUGAGCCCGAGGAUGUGCAUUUUGUUUCUGGCUGCUGCCUGGGCCCUUGGUGUCAGCCACUCACUGUUCCAGCUAGCAUUUAUUGUUAAUUUGCCCUUCUGUGGUCCGAAUGUAUUGGACAGCUUUUACUGUGAUCUUCCUCGGCUCCUCAGACUGGCCUGUACAGAUACUUACAGACUUCAGUUCAUGGUCACUGUCAACAGUGGGUUUAUCUGUGUUAGUUCCUUCUUUAUACUCCUCAUCUCCUAUAUGUUCAUCCUGUUAACUGUUUGGAAACGGUCCUCAGGUGGUUCAUCCAAGGCCCUCUCCACUUUGUCAGCUCACAUCACUGUGGUUAUUUUGUUCUUUGGUCCAACCAUGUUUGUCUAUACAUGGCCGCACCCCAAUUCCCAAAUGGACAAGUUUCUUGCUCUUUUUGAUACGGUUCUCACUCCUUUCUUGAAUCCAGUUAUUUACACAUUCAGGAAUAAAGAAAUGAAAGCAGCAAUGAAGAGAGUAUGCAAACAGCUAGUGAUUUAUGGGACGAUUUCAUAA